UCUCUCUCUCUGUGUCUCUCAAUCUCGCUCUACUUCCUCUUCUUGUGUCCUCUCCAGUCCUGCGCUGCACUGCUUCGUUCGUGUAGACUGCCCAGAGUCCGCGAAUACAACCCUGCUACAACCACACACACAUCAUCUUAUCGUUCCUGUCCACUGGAGGAAGGAGAGUAGAGUUCCAACCAAUCCCUGACAAGAAGAAGACAUUCCGUUCCCAGCCACAUUCCAGAACCCUGUGGACCCCUUGUUGAAGCAUGUCUCUGUACAGCUUUGGGUUGGAGCCUCUCUCCUGUCAUGCCUGGAAUAAGGACAGGACACAGAUUGCUGUCAGCCCCAACAGCAGUGUGGUGAUCAUCUAUGAAAAGAAGGGGAACGAGUGGGCCAAGAUCCACGAGCUGACUGAGCACAGUGGACGAAUCACAGGCAUCGACUGGGCUCCGGAUUCGAACCGCAUCGUGACGUGUGCGUCAGACCGUAAUGCGUACGUGUGGACCCUGAAGGACAAGGUGUGGAAGCCCACUCUGGUGUUGGUGAGGAUCAACCGGGCUGCUACUUUCGUCAAGUGGUCCCCUCUGGAGAAUAAGUUUGCCCUGGGCAGCGGAGCUCGCCUCAUCUCUGUCUGCUACUUCGAGAAGGAGAACGACUGGUGGCUCAGUAAGCACAUAAAGAAGAGCAUCCGGUCCACGGUGAUGUGUCUGGACUGGCACCCCAACAACAUCCUGUUGGCUGCAGGAUCCUCUGACUUCCACUGCAGGAUCUUCUCUGCCUACAUCAAGGAAAUCGAGGACAAGCCAGGCCCGACAGCUUGGGGGGCUAAGAUGCCAUUUGGGGAGAUGCUGCUGGAGACCAAGGACUGUGGAGGUUGGGUACACAGUGUCUCCUUCUCCCCCAGCGGAGACCACCUGGCCUGGGUCGCUCACAACAGCAGCAUCAGUGUGGCCGACGCCACCCAGGGGAAAGAGGUGACUCAGCUGACAACGGACCGUCUCCCUCUAGUGAGCGUGCUCUAUGUGAGCCCCACAGAGAUGGUUGCCGCGGGCCAUGACUGCUGUCCGUUUCAGUUCUCCUAUAAGGGCCCAGGCAGUCUGAAGUUUGUUAAGAAGCUGGACAUCCCCAAGCAGACCUCUAGGGGCAGCAUGUCCGCCAUGCAACACUUCCGCAAUCUGGAUAAGAAGGCUACUGACGACGACGAGAGCAACGAGCUGGGCUGCCUGCACCAGAACAGCAUCACUCAGCUGUGUAUCGUGUCAGGAACUAAGGCCCACGUGGACAAGUACAGCAGUGUGGGUCUGGACGGAGCUAUGGUCCUCUGGGACUUCAAGCACUGAGUUCAUGGAGGAUGCUAGAGCCAUAGGCUGUGUCUUGCCAUCUGUGCGGUCAGCAUUACUCCAGAUGACCAUGGGACUCACCACUACCAGUUGUUAUUAACAUCUACAUUAAGCAGUUAGUCACACCAGGGUUGGGGUCAAUUCCAUUUCAAUUUCAGUCAAUUCGGAAAGUAAACCAAAUUCAUAUUCCAAUUGUUUUAUUUUAUUCCUCAUUGAAAAGCAUUGAAGAGAAUUGGAAUUUCAGUGUACUUUCUGAAUUGACUGGAAUUGAAAUGGAAUUGACCCCAACACAGAGUCACACCACUGUCAAGUUACCCAUUAUUUUACACAGAUAGAUGUGUUAUCAUGUGUAUUCAUUUUCAACUGGAACAGUAGACACUUCUGAAGCUUCAAGAUGUUUUACAAUAAAUCAUGUUGCUUUGUGCUGGGUUUCAAUCAAUGAAUCAAUAUUUUUUAAGUAAAAUAAACAUGCUUUCUACA